AUGUCUAUGGAUUUCAAUGCACUAGCCCAACAAUUCACCGAAUUCUACUACAACCAGUUCGAUUCGGACAGAAGCCAGCUGGGGAACUUGUACAGAGAUGAGUCCAUGCUAACUUUUGAAACGACCCAGCUACAAGGUACCAAGGCGAUUGUUGAGAAAUUGACCUCUUUGCCCUUCCAAAGAGUCUCGCACAGAAUCACAACGCUGGAUGCUCAGCCAGCAUCCGCGAACGGCGAUGUCCUUGUCAUGAUCACCGGUGAUCUUUUGAUUGACGAGGAACAGAACGCUCAACGGUUUUCCCAAGUGUUCCACUUGAUCCCAGAUGGUAACUCGUACUACGUUUUCAACGAUAUCUUCCGUUUGAACUACUCUUCCUGA